AUGAGCUCGCUUAUCUUAUUAGAUUUAUCACGCAACAACUUCAGUGACUCAGUUCCACAUUGCUUGGGAAGCAUGGCUAGUCUAACGGUGCUAGACUUAAGAAGGAACAAUUUCACAGGGAGUCUUCCCCCAUUAUGUGCACACAGCACUUCGUUGAGUACCAUUGUCAUAAAUGGUAAUCAAUUUGAAGGACCUGUACCUGUGUCGUUGCUCAAGUGUGGUGGUCUAGAAGUACUUGAUGUGGGGAACAAUGCUAUAAAUGACACGUUUCCAUCUUGGCUUGAAAUUCUUCAAGAGCUGCAGGUCCUUAUAUUAAAGUCGAACAAAUUCCAUGGACCUAUAAGUAUAUGUCAAACUAAGUUUUGCUUUUCCAAGUUGCGAAUUUUUGAUCUUUCUCGUAAUGAUUUCAGUGGCUCACUUCCUGCAAAUGUUUUUGGAAACUUCAAGGCAAUGAUCAAAUCAGAUGGCGAAGACACAAGAGAGAUAAAGUACAUGAAUUCUGUGUUGUAUUCGCCAUUUGUCACAUCGUAUGAGGAUUCAGUGAGUUUGGUAAUCAAAGGGCACGAUACUGAGCUAGAAAGAAUCAGCACAAUUACGACAACCAUAGAUCUCUCAAGCAACCAUUUUGAAGGUGUCAUUCCGAAAACACUAAAGGAUCUCAGAUCACUUUGGCUACUCAAUUUAUCUCAUAACAAUCUCAGAGGUCAUAUACCAAUGGAAUUGGGGCAAUUGAGUAUGCUUGAAGCUUUAGAUUUCUCCUGGAAUCGGCUCACUGGAAAGAUUCCACAGGAAUUGACAAGAUUGAACUUUCUGGCCUUCUUAAACGUCUCUCAAAAUCAUCUCGUUGGACCAAUUCCUCAAGUUCUACAAUUCAACACAUUUGAAAAUGACUCAUAUGGUGGCAACCUUGAUUUAUGUGGUGUUCCUUUAACAAAGAAAUGUGGAACGAGUGAUUCAUCGCAUGUUCCUCAACAAUUGGAGUCCGAAGAAGAAGACGAGUCAUAUUUUUUUAGUGGAUUUACUUGGGAAUCUGUAGUCAUAGGCUACAGCUGUGGACUAGUUGUUGGAACUGUCAUGUGGAGUCUCAUGUUUAAAUAUCGUUAAUCC